ACCGCUUUUCUGUUUUUCUCACUUUACUUUGGCAAGUAUGGGAGGAGGAGCAGUUCCAACACCGCCGACCACCGUCUCCAUCUCCACUAACCAUCACUCUCGGCCACCGUAUUCUCCAACUGUUCCACCCUUCUCUUCCAAUUUUCUUACCGAAAACUUCGAUUUCAUCGAUGAAAAAAGUGCAAGUGGAUAUCCCUAUGAAACCAACUUUGGACCUGUCCCUUCUAAAAUUGAAGUCCAAAACGCCAUAUCUGAUCUUCGAAGGGUGAUGGAUGUAAUUUGUGCAACAAAUUCAGAAAUAAUGGAUUCUUCAAAAUCUUUGGGACAAAACAGGCUUCUUGAUGCCUACCAUUUGCUACAAACAGAUGCUUCUGUUCCGAAACUUGUGUUAUCGAUAUCGUCAGAUAUAGAGGUGUGGGAUGCCAUCUUGAAGAAUGAUGAAGUUCGGGAUCUUCAACGCUCAUUGCCAUACACAGCUAAUGAAGAAAAGGCCAUGGGAUACAAGAAUGAACUCAACUCGACAUCUCUUUUGAUUAAGUGGAUUUUUGCUUUCAUGAAAUUGAAAAUUACAGAAUUAAUCGAUAAAUUAGAGGUUUUCAUCCUUGAAAGAAUACAAAUUGUGACAAGGAAGUCAAAAUCCACAUCAAAACUCGAUGAUAUAUUGGAAGAAAAAGUUCGAUCUUCACUACUCCUCUCGGUAGUCAUAUUGUUAAUAGUGGUCAUCACAAGGAGCACCGAGACAUGAUCAAAGUUUUAUGAGAUUUCGUUGGAAUGUAG